UCAAAGAUUCGCUCGAUUUGCUUUCAGCUUUCGUGAAAAGACCAGUUUCGUUUUGAUUUUAGGCUUUAAUAUUAUAUUUAAGUAAAGAUAUGCAGGUUUUGAUUAUUUGGUGAAUGUUCACUUUGUUAGCAGUUGUGUAUUUGUUGAUUGAACAAAAAAGACCGCGUGAAGGUGUAAACUAUAACAAUGCUCCCCGCAACCGGAUUGUUCCGGUCCAUUAAUUGCCCCUUUUUCGAAAAGGAUUUGUGUACCAGGCCCUUUUGCCAUUUCCGGCAUACAAAACCGGAAUCAAUUGCACCUGCAGCUGCAACCUAUAGUGCAACUCCAAAAAGUCUACUCAAUCAAAAUAAUCCAGCUCCGGUAGUUUCUGAUGGCCCGGCGAAGAAAAAACCAAAACUGGAAUACAUCCCUAUGCCUACAAUAUUGGCACCGAAAUAUACUCCAAGCACUAAGCCAACGGUGCCGAUAGUUUCCGGUGAGGACAUUACGGUUUCGACAGAUAAACAAGCUUCUGAUCCUGUACAAUUAGAAAACAAAAUUGAAGAACCACCCCCAGAUCUAACGAAAGCCGACCCACUGUUCGAUGAAUUGGCUGAAAUUACCUCGAAUGGCCAUAAAAAUGGACCCAAAGAGCAAAGUAACAUCGUUCCUAAAGAAGAUGGUUCUAAAACUGAGGCUAAUGUUCCGGAAAUCAAAACUAAUAAUUCUACAAAGCCUGCUUCAAGUACAGAUCUACAGGCAAAAUCAAAGAAAGAUUCGGAAAGAGCAAGUAGUUCCAGUAAUACUCGGAAAACAACCUCGGAGAGCAGUAGUAAGCACAAAAAUCUGAGCAGCAGCAGUAGCAGUAGAAGUAGUAGUAAAAGUAGUAGUAAAGAUGUCAAAGAUCAUCAUAAAGAUAAAAGCAAUAGAAAGGAAUCCGAACGAAAAUCAAGUUCUAGCAGCAGUAAAGAAAAAUCACGUUCAUCUUCUCAGAAAGAAGAAAGACCUCCAUCUAAGUCCAGCAAAGAAAAAGAACGUAGCGAUAAAGAUCGGAGUAAAUCUCGACACAAAGAAAGUUCUAAAGACAAAGAAAGAACGUCCGAAAAAUCCAACAAGGAGCAUAGCAGAUCAUCAGAUAAAGAUCGUCACAAAUCAUCGCAAAGUUCCAGUAAAAGUUCUUCAAAAUCAUCUUCCAGUUCCAAUAGCGUCAAAAAAUCAUCAUCUUCAAAUAAACCCUCUAGUUGUAAAUCCAGUACUCAAAAAUCAUCAUCAUCGUCCGCAUCUACAUCAGCUUCCAAAUCUAAACUUGAUCUUGCUGACGAAAUCUACCGAGAACUGUUAGAUAACCCACCGAGUGAUAUAGACAUUGAUAGCGACGAAGACGAAGUUAUGAAGCAAUGUAAGUUAAUUUUCGAAGAGUUUGAAUCGGAACCUCCGACCACGGCGUCAGAAAAGUCUAAACCAAAUGAUUCGAACAAGAAAAAAUCAUCCCACAAGAGUGGAGGAUCUACUUCGACUGAUGUGGAACUUAUCGAUAUGUUUGCCGAACAGUACUACGAUGAAAACGCUAAGAAAAAGCAACGUGUGGCCCAUGAUAAUGCCUCCAAACCGGCGAGCGCUUCUCCGACUGUUGCACCUGGAGUUAAGAAAGUUAAUCAUGUUCAAAAUGCUAUGAAGUCCGUAUACCUUCGUCAAGAGUUAAUACGAAAGCAGCAGGAAGAACUGGCAGCCAAACUUCGAGUGGAAGAGGAAGCCAAAUCUCACAUUGAAGAAGAGACCAAAAAAGCAAUGGCCAAACCAGUGACCCCCAGGCUAAGCAAUGGGUCACCGCGGUCUCCAGUUUUAAGCCCGACAAAUGUCUCUCCAGCAACGGAGAAAUCAUCUCCGGUAUCCCCGAUCAGCACAAGCAGUUUUUACAGCAAAUCUCCCGAAACUACGAUGUCGACUCCACGAAGUCGUUUCACACCAGCUGUCAACGUGUUAGCUUUCCAAAAGGCGAAAGAAAAAAUUGAUCAUCUCAGAAAACUGAAAAGUAUCGGCACACCAGCUCAAACGGCACCCAAAGGUGCGUCUCGGGUUGCACACACAGUACCUGUGGCUUCAUCCGUUGCAACAAAGACUGCAGCUCCAGUUGUUCCUGCAAAACCUCCUCCACCGGUGUUGGAAUCAAACUCCACUAAAAUCUCCUACAACAUUCGCAUGCAAUACUACAAUCUAAUGAUCAAGCAUUGUCUUAAUAUAUAUCCUUCAAGUGAAGAUGCAUGGGAUCGAGCACAAACAGAAGAAUUGGCAGUUAUGAAAAAGUGUAGUACACCAAUGAUAUACAAAAGCAGCGCUCUAUUAACAAUAAAUAAAUUGCGUAAGGAAGCGGUAGAUGCAGGAAGUGAAACGACUGAUAAGUUAAAAACAAUUUCACACGAUGUCAUUCUUGCGGGUAAAAUGGGGCAUAAUAUCUCAUGGAGUGUUAACAAGAAAAUAAAAACGGAAGCCAAAUCAACUUAUACUAUCGACAAUGCUUCGUCCACGGAUGCUUACAAAAUGAUUUACGAAUGCAUCCUAACCGAAGAGCAACUCCAGGCAAACGGCUUUCCUCGGGCUACCGAUGUACCCGGAAAAGCCAAAAUACAUACACCCAAACCAUCGAGACCACCAAAUGAGGAAGAACGCUACUGUUCCAGGUGCUCCAAAGUGUUCAAUCUAGAAACUUACGAAGAAUCAGCCGUCGACACAUGCAACUAUCAUGCUAAAAGCACUUGCUAUAGACGUGGAUUCGCGGAUAAUCUGCAUAAUUGCUGCCAACAGCCUGCCGGAUCGGCUGGAUGCAUGUAUGCAAAUUACCACGUUUCCAGUUUCUUGGACUAUGACAAUUUGACAGGCUUUGUCAAAACGAUUGACCCUCCCGAGGAAUAUGUGCCUUCCAAAAAGGAUAUUUUUGCAUUGGAUUGUGAAAUGUGUUACACUACAGGUGGACUUGAACUAACGCGGGUUACCGUUGUAGAUAUAAACGAAAAAACUGUUUACGAUGCGCUGGUAAAACCGACAAAUAUGAUUGUUGACUACAACACCAGAUUCUCCGGAAUAACCGAACAAAUGCUUAGAAACACAACCACAACACUUUACAAUGUACAAGCGGUGCUUUUAUCGAUGUUCAACUCGGAAACGAUUCUGAUCGGGCACAGCCUGGAGAGUGACUUCAAGGCACUCAAGCUCAUCCAUGACGUAGUGGUGGACACGUCGGUACUUUAUCCUCACAAGAUGGGGCCACCAAAGAAGCGCGCUCUAAAAACACUGUGCAUAGAGAAUUUAAAGAAAAUUAUUCAGGAAAACGAUGCUGGUCAUGACAGUGCUGAAGAUUCAGUCGUUUGCAUUCAGCUGAUAAAGCAUUACCUUCGGAAUAGAAUUUUAUGAAUCUAUUUUGGCUUGGCAUUACUUGUUAUUCAACAUCUUUAUUUAUUGAUCAUAAUAUUCGUUUUUCGUAAACUUAUAUCAAAGGUUUUCUCGAAUCAAAAGUCUGUUUGGGUAUUAUGAGCUAGUUUCUCCUCGAGGCAAUGCUCCGUUAUUCUGCUUGUUGGAAUAAACUUAUACUAAUAAAAAAUCGAGUACAUAAACUCAUUGAGGAAUACAGUAUAACCAUUUUAAUAACUUAGAGCAAUAAGUUUAUGAAUAAAAUAAAACAUAAUU